AUGGGUAACUGUUGGUGUAGAUUUGAGCCCUUAAACCACAGAGUUUCUGCAAACGCUAAAUCAGAAUCACCUAAAGAACAGAGUCCAAGAGAGGAAGACACGUAUAUCAAAGAGGUUCAGAAGCUGCCAUCAAACCCAAAAGAAGUAGAAGAUCUAAGACGUGAUGCAGCGAAUCCUCUGACAGCUUUCACAUUCGAUGAGCUUAAGCACAUUACAGGGAAUUUCAGACCAGACAGAGUUCUUGGUGGUGGUGGUUUUGGAAGUGUCUACAAAGGUUUUAUAAAAGAGGACUGUUCCGGUGAUCAACAAGUUCCUCAACCACUCCCUGUAGCCGUUAAAGUUCACGACGGCGAUAACAGCUAUCAAGGUCACAGAGAAUGGCUGGCAGAGGUGAUAUUCUUAGGGCAGCUUUCGCAUCCGAACUUAGUGAAACUGAUUGGUUAUUGCUGCGAGGACAAUCACAGGGUGCUAAUAUACGAGUACAUGGCUCGUGGUAGCGUGGAGAAGAAUCUUUUCUCAAGAGUGUUGCUUCCUCUUUCAUGGGCAAUUAGGAUGAAGAUUGCUUUUGGAGCAGCCAAAGGACUCGCCUUUCUUCACGAAGCAAAGAAGCCAGUCAUUUAUCGUGAUUUCAAAACCUCGAACAUUCUUCUUGAUAUGGAAUAUAAUGCCAAAUUAUCUGACUUUGGACUUGCUAAAGACGGUCCUGUAGGAGACAAAUCCCAUGUUUCCACUCGCAUAAUGGGAACUUACGGUUAUGCAGCUCCUGAAUACAUCAUGACAGGUCAUUUGACGCCGGGGAGUGAUGUGUAUAGCUUUGGUGUAGUUCUGUUAGAGCUUCUCACAGGGAGGAAGUCGUUAGACAAGUCACGGCCAACGCGUGAGCAAAACCUCAUAGAUUGGGCUCUGCCACUGUUGAAGGAGAAGAAGAAAGUCUUGAACAUUGUAGACCCGAGAAUGAACUGUGAAUACCCGGUUAAAGCGGUUCAAAAGGCUGCAAUGCUAGCUUACCAUUGCCUUAACCGGAACCCAAAGGCUCGGCCUUUGAUGAGGGACAUUGUUGAUUCUUUGGAGCCUCUUCAGGCCACUGAAGAGGAGGCUUUACUCGUCCCCACUGUUCAGAAAGCAGUGAUUACAAUUAUCGAUGAAAUGCCUAAGAAUGGGUUGAAGAAAGUUGAAGAACUGAAGAAGGUUGGAGAGUUAAAAGAGGUUGAAGACUUAAAGAAGGUUGAAGAGGUGAAAAAGGAUGAAGAUAAUUGA